CACAGGCAGGGCCAGGCUGGGGCAGCCAUGGCAGCAGCGCUAAUCUGGAUUUCUCUCCUUGUGGGUCUCCUGGCAGGGCUGGGUGGCACUGAGGCCCAGCAGACUACCCUGCACCCACUCGUGGGCCGCGUCUUUGUACACACCCUGGACCGUGAAAACUUCCUGCACCUCCCUGAGCAUGUCGUCGUCGCGGUCCCAGCCACCGUCCCUAUCACCUACCACGCCCACCUCCAGGGACACCCAGACCUGCCCCGGUGGCUCCACUACACCCAGCGCAGCCCCCACCAACCUGGCUUCCUCUACGGCACUGCAACCCCAGAAGAUCGUGGACAUCAGGUCAUCGAGGUCACAGCCUACAAUCGGGACAGCUUCAACACCACCCGGCGGAGGCUGGUGCUGUUGAUUGGGGAUCCAGCAGGCCCCCUGCUGCCAUACCAGGCUGAGUUCCUGGUGCGCAGCCAUGAUGUGGAGGAGGUGCUGCCCUCAACACCUGCCAGCCAUUUCCUCACAGCCUUGGGGGGGCUCUGGGAGCCAGGGGAGCUCCAGCUGCUCAACAUCACCUCUGCCUUGGACCGUGGGGGCCGAGUCCCCCUUCCUAUCGAGGGCCGCAAGGAAGGGGUAUACAUCAAGGUGGGCUCUGCCUCACCCUUCUCCACCUGCCUGAAGAUGGUGGCAUCCCCUGACAGCCAAGCUCGCUGUGCCCAGGGCCAGCCUCCAUUACUGUCCUGCUAUGACACCUUGGCACCUCACUUCCGAGUUGACUGGUGCAAUGUGUCCUUGGUGGACAAGUCAGUGCCAGAGCCUGCAGACGAGGUGCCCACUGCAGGUGAUGGGAUCCUGGAGCACGACCCGUUCUUCUGCCCGCCCACCGAGGCCACAGCCCGAGACUUUCUGACCGACGCGCUGGUCACCCUCCUGGUGCCCCUCCUGGUGGCCCUGCUGCUGGCCCUGCUGCUGGCCUACGUUAUGUGCUGCCGGCGGGAGGGACGGUUGAAGAGAGACCUGGCCACCUCUGACAUCCAGAUGGUUCACCACUGCACCAUCCGCGGGAACACAGAGGAGCUGCGGCAGAUGGCAGCUAGCCGAGAGGUGCCCCGGCCACUCUCUACCCUGCCCAUGUUCAAUGUGCGCACAGGCGAGCGGCUGCCCCCGCAAGUGGACAGCGCCCAGGUGCCCCUCAUCCUGGACCAGCACUGAGGGCCCACACAGAGCAGCCACGACCCACGGCCACACCCUCCUCCCCACUCCAGCUCCUGGCCCAGUGGACUCCAGGCUUGGAAUAAGCAGAGAGAGGGGGAUGGGAUGGGGUGAGGGUGUUUGGGAUCAGGACCCCCAGAAUAAAACCUGCUGCUCUGCUCAUCUGGUGCUGUGCCUUCCUCUCAGCAGCCUCCCUCCCAGCCUGCGUUGCUUCUGUUUCCCUUUCCGCCUGGUGGGAGCCCUCAGAGGUAGGUAGCCAGCCAAGGGCUGCCAGCUGGCCCUCUAGACUCUCGGCAUUUUGCCGUUUCUCAAAUUCUCUGGAAGCAAGAGGGAAGAACCUACAUAUGCAGCCGUGAUCUUAAUCCUCACAUGAACCCGAUACUGAGGGCUAACUGGAUCUUUAUCCCCAUUUUAUAGACAAGGAGAUCAAGGAAGGGAGGGAAUACGGGGAUAUGUGUAUAAAAACACAUGAUUGAACCUGGUGU